AUGUAUAUUAAGUCUUGUAAAUGUUAUGCGAAGCAUAAUAUUUUAUUGGCAAAUGAUGGUUAUGAUGAAGAUGAUGAUGAAGAUGAUGAUGAAGAUGAUGAUGAAGAUGAUGCUGUUACCACUGCUGCUGCCACAGCUGCUGCCGUUAACGAAGAUGAUGAUACUUUGUUUGCAUUUUUUGUCUUCACCAUCAUCAUCAUCUUCUUCGUCUUUUUCUUAUUUUUCUACAUCUUCAUCUGA